GAUUGAAUAUGUUCCCGCCAAAAUAGAAUGCGAUACUUCCGUUUAAAUAUGGCUAUUCGUUUACAUAUGAAUCAUGAUUUGUCCGAGGAAAAACAAAGUGUAUUACAUUUAAUGCCAUGCAAAAUUUAUGGUGAUGAGUCCGCAAACGUUUCUACUUAUUUUACACCUUACAUUCGUGAAGUAGACGAUAAAGUUUAUAAUUCUUCAUUUCGUGGAUAUCCACUUCAAGGAAAAAAGAUAACGCUACCUUCUGGAUACAAAGGUAUUACAUUUGUUGAACACAAAAAACCAGAAGUAGACCAUGUUGAACGUAAUUUAUACUUAACGGGAGCUUUCUCUCAUUUUACAUACUGGAAUUAUGAUAAAUUGCCAUCAAAAAAUGAUGGUUUAGCAGCUGCUAUGGAUUGGAUCGAUAUUGCCGAAGCACUACAUUCUACAGAAUCAUAAUUAAAAGUAAAUCUUAACAUAAUUGAAAAUACAUGUUAUACAUUCAAUGGAUUAUACAGAUUGUACUAUUUUAAUACAAAGAUAAAAAUAAAUAUAUUUUGUAUAUUUUA